UUUCAUUAAGGAAAACCGAUUUCCGGUAAACAGCUGUCUUCUUGCUGUCACAUUCACACACAAGUAGUUUCUAUUUGAUCUUAUUCUGAGUGGAGUUAGUGAUGUUUGCACAAAGUAUGCAUUAAUGGAGAUAAUCCCAAAACGAAAUCAGAUAUUAAUCCCCUGUACGGCUUCUCUGCUGAACCUGGGAUAACCUUUCCUUUUUCUACAAAAUUUUACACUCUCAGAAAAUAAACAUUGUACUGAACUGUACCUUCUCUUGUCACUGGGGUUGUACCCUUAAGAGCAUAUAUUUUGUACCUUUCAUCUGGAAACGCGCCUUAAAAAUUAAGGUAAAUAAACGGACUAUAAUUGGUUUUAGAGCAAAGCGUUAAAGCUACACCACAUGCACUUUUUAUUGAUAAAAGAGACAUAUUAAAAGAAAAAAUAAAUGUGUACCUUUGAGGGAACCAUUCCAGCCACAAGCAUAGGUAUAGUUUAGCACCUUUUUUUUCUGAGGGUGUAAAAUGCACGUGCACAUCUUGGGCGCACCCGAGAUACCUUCAAACCAAUCUUUAAAAGGAUUUUCCGAUACGUUUAUCUAUACCUUAAAAUAGUCCGGUUUAAAUACAUUUGGGUGUGAUCGUGCAAGAUUUGAGGGUGAAACAAAGGGCGGGGCCGGAGAUGACGUGCCUAUUUUUAUCCACAGCACGGCGAUAAAGCGAUUAGAGUCUCAGAGCUCCUCGCGUUGAGCCGCUCGCGGUAGCUGCUUAAAACGCAUUAGAAAUAGUCACAGGGAAAACAAAAAAAUAACGGUCUAAGAGAAGUACAAUCCAAGAGGACGGGGAAUUCCUCAGGGAAGGCGCUCGUGGCCGUGAUAGCAACAAGUAUGACUUCGAGGAAAAAAUAGGACACAUCCUGUGUUUAAGCCAAUACCAGUUCACUGGCCACCCCCUCUGCAGCCUUCACUCUAUUUAGUUUCAGCAGCACUGUGCAAAACUCUGUUCUCCUCCCCGGUGCGUCUGCAGAGCUCAACGCGCGGCACCACUCCUGCGCUUCAUCCUCCACACAAUUAUUGCAAAUAAGAAUUCUUUUGUAUUUGGACAGCUUUUCGCAGACCUAUGUGCCCCGUGACGCAGGAAGGACUACUUAAGGGAGAUUAGCAAGUGGCGAGGCAUUAAAUCCAACCUCCCACCAGUCACACACGGCGCGACCUAUCAACUUGAUCUGAGGAUCGAAAAUAGGAGGGCUCAUAUAUUAAUCAGCACUUCGAACUGGAAGACAAGUAAAAGUAGGAUCGCCCGGUGAUCCCCUGGCAUAGCACCUGGCCAGGGCGCAAGGAAGGAAGGACCGUGAUCAAUGUCUUCAGCAGAUAAAACCGGGCCCAUUGGCCAAUAAUAAGGAGAUAGUCUAGUGUUAUUUGUUCCCCCGCGGAUUGAGUGCGAAGUGCUGUGCGCUCUCGUCUCCGAAUGAACAGAAAUGGGGGAAUGGACCAUACUCGAGAGGCUCCUAGAGGCUGCUGUCCAGCAGCACUCUACUAUGAUAGGAAGGAUCCUACUAACAGUGGUGGUGAUCUUCCGGAUUCUAAUCGUAGCCAUAGUUGGAGAGACAGUUUACGACGACGAGCAAACAAUGUUUGUGUGUAACGCUUUACAGCCGGGCUGUAACCAAGCGUGCUACGACAAGGCCUUCCCAAUCUCACACAUAAGAUACUGGGUGUUUCAAAUCAUCAUGGUCUGCACCCCGAGCCUUUGCUUCAUCACCUACUCGGUUCAUCAGUCUGCAAAACAGAAGGAGCGCCGCUACUCCACCGUGUAUCUCACCGUGGAUAAGGAACAGGACUCACUGAAGCGGGAGGAUAGCAAAAAGAUAAAGAACACGAUCGGGAACGGAGUUCUGCAGAACGCUGAGAACACCACUAAAGAGGCCGAACCCGACUGCUUGGAGGUCAAAGAAAUGCACAACGCGAAUAUGCGGACUGCCAAGUCCAAAAUGAGGCGCCAGGAGGGCAUCUCCAGGUUUUACAUCAUCCAGGUGGUUUUCAGAAACGCCCUGGAAAUCGGCUUCCUAGUGGGCCAGUACUUCCUGUACGGAUUCAAUGUUCCCGCCGUGUACGAGUGCGACCGGUACCCGUGCAUUAAGGAGGUCGAGUGCUACGUGUCCAGGCCCACGGAGAAAACGGUCUUUCUCGUGUUCAUGUUUGCUGUCAGCGGCUUCUGUGUGAUGCUCAAUCUGGCCGAGCUCAAUCAUCUGGGCUGGAGGAAAAUCAAAGCAGCUGUAAGGGGCGUGCAGGCCCGAAGAAAGUCCAUCUACGAGAUCAGAAACAAGGAUUUGCCCCGCCUGAGCGUACCCAAUUUCGGCCGCACUCAGUCCAGUGACUCUGCUUACGUGUAGCUCCAUAUAUCCAAGUAUCCAACACACAUGGACGACUCUGCUCGCCGCUAUAACGUGUCAUCAGUUAAAGGAGUGGGUAAUUGGGUUUUUUUUUUGUUUGUUUGUUUGUUUGUUUUCUGUUUUCUAGUCCUUUAAGGACGGCGUGGAGGAUGACUGACACGUUUGCCCUGAUGCGACUUUUCUCCGUGGCAUUUGGAGCACAAGGACAGAGUACACCGCGCAUUUACUCUCAUGUGGGCCGCUUUGCUGUACUUGAAGAGAGUAAAUGCGUUUUGCACUAAAUAAAGAUAACACCCGGGCCACGCACAUCUCUCAUUGUGCUGUUAACGGUGUUGUAAGCGAUUUUUUCCACCGGCUUUUCCCUCUCUCAUCAUUACAUUUUAGCUCUACGACGCACAGCAGGUGACUAACUCCUCAUUCAGCCUAUAAAAUGAGCUCGAAUAGUCUGUGGGACGAAUGAUUUAUAUUUUUUAAUAUAAUAUAUAAUACACGUUUUCGUUUUUGUUGCCUGUGUUGCACCGCUGACCUUAAUGUAUGUAACCAUUCCAGAGCUUUAGUGGAUUUGCUGCAAACGCUUACCUUAAUUUUGAACCCACCAAAGCGCCCAAGGCUUUCAUCUGUAAAGUGUUUUUAUUUCUUUCGUGUAAUUAAGUGCCAUACUUGUAAAUAAGAUGCAUAUGUAUACAUACACACACACACACACACAUAUAUAUAUAUAUAUAUAA